AUGUUUCAAAGACGUCUACUGCGCCCCCUCUUCCUUUUCGUUUCUACCAUCGUGGUAGUUGCCCUAUGCAUUGUCUCUUUCAUUCGACUACCAUACGAAACUAGGGCCUACGUCUUCAAACAGGGUCCAAUCACAUCAUGCACCUUCGAGAAGGACAUACCUAACAUUGUCCACCUCGUAUACAUACUCAAGGACCCCAUUCAAGGCGACUUCCCACUACAGUUCAGCCAAUUCUUGUCGAUAUACGCGCUGUCGAAGAGAUGGCAGCCCGAUGCGAUCUACCUACACACGAAUGCAGAAGCUGAUGGCGGGUCGAAUGGCAAACAUAUCAAGAUGUUAGAACACAAGUCCGACUUCGCCCGGGUGAAAGCGGUCCAUGACUUUGGCGGUAUCUACGUUGACCUCGAUGUACAUGCCCUCCAGGAUAUCAAUCCUGUCCAUGAGGCUGGUUAUAGAGCCGUUGUAGGACGUCAGCUAGGCGGUGACCUGCAAAGUGGAUCGUUCAUGUCGGAGAAGGGUGGGAGGCUGGUCAAGGAAUGGAUGGAACGCAUGCACGAGGUAUACGAUGGCAGAUGGAUUACGCACAGCAACAAGUUGCUGACCACCGUUGGGGAGGAACUCGUCAACACAGGGCCUUGCGAGGUGCUCAUCAUGGGAAGAGAUGCGUGGGCACCCGGCGGAUGGGUCCGCGACGAUACGGAGAGGCUGUACGGCGAGCAUGACGAUGUCGAGUCCAACAUAGCCGGCCUCAAACAGGGCGACUCGCUGCCCGAGCAUGACGACAUGGACGGAUACGACCGCCCAGAAUGGGCAUUCGACUACUCAUGUACGUAUCUGCUGCAUGCGUUCUCUCUCGAGAAGCCAAGAGAUGGCGUGAAGCACAACAGGAUCACACCAAAGUACGUCCUAGAGAGGAGAAGUAACUUUGGGAGGGCUGUAUACUCCAUAGCAAAAGAAUUAUACGACAAGGGGAUCAUAACGAUAGAUGAGACUUUGUAG